AUGAAGCCUGGCGACAAGUCUACCAAAGACAAGUCUGGAACAGGCGACACAACCAAGGACCAACAGUCGGGCAGGUCGCAACCCAAGGACAAGUCAGGAUACAAAUCCGAUAGCGGCAAGUCGGGUUACAAAUCGGACGGAGGCAAGCCUGACAGAAAGCCUCGGUACAAGUCUGGUGGAGGUCAAGGCAGGAAGCAAUCAGACCAGGGAGGUGACGGAGAGAAGUCGGAUUAG